GGUGGGUGAGAGGGGUUAUGCACACUAUCCUUCAAAAAUAAGCCCUGCCUGCUGCAUUCAUUGCGGGCCUCGCUUCCUCCCAGGUAAGUGGGGGGUGACUGCGGCGCUACGCGUGUUUACUCGGGAGUAGGCCGAGGGGCGUUUCUUUCCCCUUCAGUCACUGUCCCUGUGUGUGAUCUUCCUCACCUGGGCACUUCUUCCAGGCUGUGGGCAGGUGGGGUCCAGGCACGCGCCCGACGCAUUUCAAGUUGCGCGAUUUAAAGUCUGUGUUGGAGAGGUCUUGCGCAGCAAGCCCCACACGGAUCGGACUUUUGGGUUUGAUUGCAGCCUCGCGUGAUCUGCCCGCCAACGAAAUCGGGAUGAAUGUUCAACUGAAGCAGGUUGAGCAGUUCCAGCCAAGCGUGCAUGGAUGGCGUGGUGGGAAGUUAUUUUUUUAGUGAAAGGGUUAAGGAGUUGGGUAUGCUGAGCCUGGAGAGGGCAGGGUUAAGAUGCAGCAUGAGAACACAGAGGCAAGAAAUAAAUGUUCUCUUUUGCGGAGUGGGGGCAGCGAAGGAGUCAAACCCAAAACAGGUUCCAAAUGCAAUAAACCUUUUCCUAGGAUGAAGUUCCUGAUUUUUAAUCAGAGGCAGAUGGCGCCCUAUCAGCAAUGUUGUAGCAGAACAUUUCCUGCCUUAUUGGGGGAAUGGACUAGACAAACUUUGAGGUCCCUUCCAACUGUAAUUCCACCAAUGUUUUCUGGAUAAGAGAAGUGUGCAGUUUUAAAGUCCCUGAAUGAUUUCUGUGUAUAAUUUAUGGCACAGUGAAAUAUUGCGCAAGUAUUCUGGAACAAGGGUCCUUAAACUUCACAUACACAGACACCCUCCCCCUCCCCCUCCCCGGGCCCUCUGGAAAUGGAUGAAAAUUACCCACCAGUCAAAAAAUGGUGGUGCAGGGGCAGAGUCAAUCACAAAACGGUGGCAGAAGGAGAUAGUUUGUCACAAUCCACUGAUAAUUAGUGACAUCAGUUUCUACUGAUAUCUGAUCCAACUUUGGGAAUUGCAAAAUUCUCUGCCACAACAUUUCCCUUGCAGCAAGAAGUUCCAUAGCUCAGCUUUCCUCGAAGUAGAGAUACUUGCGCUGGAAGUACUGACAGCCUCCUCUUUGAAGGCAGGGUAUGCUCAUCCAGAGGCUGUUAAGUAGAAACACUUUCUCUUACAUAUUUUUCUCUUCCCACCCAUACAUCUCCAGGUGAAUUCUACCCAUCUCCUGUAAUUUCUUCUCCUUUUUCACACUCAGUUUCUGUCACCCUCGGGCCAUUUUUUUAACCCAGUCUCCUUGCUACUUUUACAUUAACUUCUUCCUGCAAUAAUAAUAAUAAUUAAUUAAUUAAUAAUUUAAUAUGAUCUGCUAUAACAACUUUCUCCCCUCAUCUUCAUUGCUAUUCCUUGUUCGUUUGUUUAUUACUAGCAAUUAACCACAGAAGGAACCUCAAGGGCCAUCUAGUCCAACACCCUGCAAUGCAGGAAUCUCAGCUAAAAUAUUCAGGACUGGUUGCCAUCCAACCUCUGCUCAAAAAUAUCCAGUGAAGGACAGACCACCACCUUCUGAGGGAGACCCUUCCUCUGUUCUACCUGAAAAGAAAUUACAAGUGCAAGAAGAAAAGGAUUCCUAGCUGAACACGCUGCCCCAUUCUCUGCAUUCUUGACUGAUGGCUUUGGUCGCCAGCAUAACUACUUAAGGAUCUCCUUGACUGAGAAAUGCAACCUCAGGUGUCAGUACUGUAUGCCAGAAGAGGGAGUUCAGCUCACUCCGAAAUCUGAACUGCUGAGCACCCAGGAAAUAAUCACCCUUGCAAGGCUCUUUGUGAAGGAAGGUGUGGACAAGAUCCGAUUGACCGGAGGAGAGCCUCUCAUUCGGCCUGAUGUGAUUGACAUCAUAGCUCAGAUGCGCAAACUAGAAGGGUUGCAAACCAUUGCUGUCACGACCAAUGGUAUUAACUUGGCCAGAUUGUUGCCCCGGUUAAAGGAGGCCGGCCUGAAUGCCAUUAACAUCAGUUUGGAUACCUUGGUCCCAGCAAAAUUUGAAUUCAUUGUCCGUCGAAAAGGUUUCCAUAAAGUAAUGGAGGGGAUCCAAAAAGCCCUUGAACUUGGGUAUUAUCCUGUUAAGGUGAACUGUGUAGUUAUGAGAGGUCUUAAUGAAGAUGAGCUGGUAGAUUUUGUGGCUCUGACAGAGAAGCAGCCCCUGGAUGUGCGCUUCAUAGAAUACAUGCCCUUUGAUGGCAACAAGUGGAACUUCAGGAAAAUGGUGAGCUAUAAGGAGAUGCUCGAUACAAUCAAGCAGAGAUGGCCAGAGCUGGAAAAAGUGCCUUGUGAAGAAGCCUCUAGCACUGCUAAGGCAUAUAAAGUGCCACAUUUUCAGGGGCAAGUCAGCUUCAUCACCUCAAUGUCUGAACACUUCUGUGGUUCCUGUAAUCGACUGAGGAUCACAGCUGAUGGAAACUUGAAGGUGUGCCUUUUUGGAAAUGCAGAAGUGUCCUUGCGAGAUCACUUGCGAUCUAAUGCCACAGAAGAAGAAUUGGUUCAAAUCAUUGGGGCAGCUGUUGGCAGGAAAAAGAAACAACAUGCGGGCAUGUUCAACAUUUCCCAGAUGAAGAACAGGCCAAUGAUCCUCAUUGAGGCAGCAUCAUGGUCGUUCCCAUUGCUCCAAGAUGCCCUGCAGGACCGAGCUUGUUUAAAUGACGGGAGCCACAGAACUGGCCACUGGCUGACUCCAAGAGCAAGUUUAUCCAAACAGAUGGGGAAGACAUUCCAGAAAAAUGUCUUUAAAGGACAUCAUGCUUUGCCAGGAACUUGUUCAACAGGACAGCUUGCAGCAGGAAUUCUGCAAGCUCAGCUCUGCAGCCAUUGCAUUUGCCAAAAGAACUUGAGCUCAACUUUGGCAGCAAAGUGCCUUAGGACAGGAACCUCUCUCCCUCAGCAGGCUUUUCACAUGAUUAGAGGCAUUCACUCUGGAGUGACCAGGAGCGAAGCAGAUGAGAAGAACCAGGGACCUCUUCCCACCGGCCAAUUUCUUAGUGCCUCCGAUCGUCUAACCCACAUUGACCAGGAGGGCCGUGCCUCCAUGGUGGAUGUGGGCAGGAAGCCAGAUUCUGAACGGACUGCAGUGGCCAGUGCCGUGGUCCAUCUGGGCGAGAAAGCAUUUGCCUUGGUGCAACAGAACCAAAUGAAAAAGGGGGAUGUGCUAGCAGUUGCCCAGAUAGCAGGGAUUCAGGGAGCCAAGCUGACCAGCCAGUUGAUUCCGCUGUGCCACAACGUCUCCCUGAGUCUGGUGGACGUCUCCCUGAGUCUAGAUGAGAGGAGGCAUGCAGUGGUGAUUCAGGCUCUGUGCCGCACCUAUGGGAAAACUGGUGUGGAAAUGGAAGCCUUGACCGCUGCCAGCUUAGCUGCCUUGACCGUCUAUGAUAUGUGCAAAGCAGUUACUCACGACAUGGUCAUUGAGGAGGUGAAACUGCUCAGCAAGAAAGGAGGGCAAAGAGGAGACUUCCAGAGAGGCUAACAUAGGUCUAAAGUUUCCAAACGAAGGCAUCACUUACUGGUCAUCAAAGGUGUAGCACCUUCACAUACUAGGAAGUGGAGAUCUAGCUGCUGGGAAUUACAAAGCACAACUUGAGCUAUCGAUCAUCUUGCGCUUGGACCGGCAGCUGUUUUAAAUGACUUGACUUACCUGUAUGAAGCAGACGUCAUUCUUCUCAUUUGCCUGCCUAUGUACUAAAUGGGGUCCUUGGCAGUAGUGUGGAAGUUCCCGUCUUCCUAGGGUUUCUUUGGCUUCCUGAAGUGUAGCUGUACUGAGCACCUUAACUCUUCUCAGUGUACAAGGCUACAGUCCCCACUACAGUGGUACCUCGGUUUAUGAACACAAUUGGUUCCGGAAGUCUGUUCAUAAACUGAAGCGUUCAUAAACUGAAGCGAACUUUCCCAUUGAAAGUAAUGGAAAGUGGAUUAAUCUGUUCCAGACGGUCCGCAGAGUACUUAAACUGAAGCGUUCAUAAACUGAAGCGAACUUUCCCAUUGAAAGUAAUGGAAAGCGGAUUAAUCCGUUCCAGACGGGUCCGCGGAGUACUCAACCUGAAGCGUACUUAACCCGAAGCAUGGGUGUAAUUGGUUCCGGAAGUCUGUUCAUAAACUGAAGCGUUUAUAAACUGAAGCGAACUUUCCCAUUGAAAGUAAUGGAAAGUGAAUUAAUCUGUUCCAGAUGGGUCCGCGGCGUUCAUAAACCGAAAAUUCAUAAAUCGAGGUGUUCAUAAACCGAGGUUCCACUGUAUUCAUGGCUGUCCAUCUUUUGGCACUAAAAACAUGUGCAUAAUAAGAUUUCCACUGAUGUAGAAUAAUAUAAUUCAGAACCAGGAAUUCAGGCAGAGACCAAAAAAGAAAAAAAAGGUGAUUAGAAUUUUCAAGCAAGUGAACAAUGAUUUUUUAAUACUUGGUCCUAACGCUGGAAAAUAUAUACUAUUUUUUACCACUUCAGCCAAAUAACACUUUGGUACAGUGAGAAUAGGCUACAUUUCAUCCUUGAAAAUGGAAAACAGGUGUUUGUCAACUGAGAAAACUGAUGCUAAAUACUCAAAUUAGUUCCAGUAAUGCUGUGAGACUCUUGCUUCCAGUGGUGUUGAAUGUUAAUGGGGCAUUUUAAUUCUCACAACAGAAUUGUGCUGAACACGGCUACCAUUUAUCUUCCAGUCGUUAAAUGUUCUGGAAAUAGGUCUCCCUUCAUCAAAAUUAUUAUUUUUUAAAGCUAUAGGCUUGUUUCUUUUCUGCAAGAUACCGGAAGGUAUACAAUUUCGGGAUACACACUCCUUUGUGCCAAAACCAGUCCCUGGGCUACAUUUCUGUCGCCACUCCAAAACGUUUCCAUCCUGUUUCUAUAGAACCCCCUGGAUCACCAAGUUCCCCAGGCUCUUCAAGGUAGCGUUCAAGAUGAUGGAAUUCUAUGUGAGUAGCACACUAAAAUGGCAACAAAUAUAGGGAAACAGUGUCUGUCAGUUCCCCCACAUACAGUUAAUGAUGGUGUUAGGAUGUAAGGAUUUUGAGGGCAAACCCACGUGUCUGCAAUUGGGAAAGCUCAUUCUGAGCAUUAUUGGCCGUAAAAUUUCAUCAGCAGGACUUAAUGUUUAAAUGCAUCCUUCUUACACAUACUGACCCCCAACUUCACGACAUGCCCCCCUCUCAUGUGUGCAGAGCAGUGGGUGCACAUUUUUGUCUUUAGGAAAGCAACAAUCAACCUGUUUAUUUUUAUUUUUUUUAUUUUUUGCGAACUCCUUGACAAUUAAACUUCAGAAGUGACAUUUUUAAAACUUAUAGAAUAAAAGCCUGGCUUUGCAUUUUUAAUACUUCUGCUGGUUUCCCUUUCUUUCUUUCUUUCUUUCUUUCUUUCUUUCUUCUUUCUUUCUUUCUUUCUUUCUUUCUUUCUUUCUUUCUUUCUUUCUUUCUUUCUUUCUUUCUAGGUUGGUCUGAGGAUAUAUGAAAAUUUGUUUCAGUCCUGCAAUGUACCUGCUUUUCGUUUUCAGAUUGUGUCAGGAAUCUCAUUCAAAAUUUUAAAUUGCGUUCUUUGACCUAAGAUUGCUGCACCAUAAGAUAAAUGCCUUCCUUGGAUGGGGUCUUACCCCAUCCAAGGGUAUGCCUCCUAUACAUAUCCCCAUAAAAAUAAUAAAAAGCACAGGAGUACAGCUAGGACUUGUGUAAAAUAAGAUGUUUUCCAGUGGAUCUUCUGAUAUACCAGGCACUGCAGGAAGGCAUUGGCCUUGGGAUGUUAGGAAACUGCUCCAAUCUAGUUUAAGUCGAUAACAAAAGAGAAGUUUCUCGUGUGAGUGUUUCUGCGACUUUUGCACCUUCAGCAAUAUUUGGCAUGCAAGCUAAUGUAGAUAACACAGUAAACCGAGUUGUACACUCAACUCGGAGACAUUAAUACAGCUCCCACUUACCAAAUGUGAAGUAGUUCCUUUCUUUCUUUCUUUUUUAAAAUGGAACUAUAUAAGGUGUACAUUUCGGGGGUUUUGCUUUCCACUUGUAAAUGCAUAGGUGAGAUUUCUUUUAAAGGGGCUUGGAAAUUAACUUAAUCUCACGAAUGGAAAUCUUGCUACAAAUGCUGGUUCUGAAUACAUUUGUGUUACUUUCUGGAAAAAAACUAUCCAAUAAUUGAAAACAGGGUACCCAGAAGUGGCUUUGUUACAGUUGCCCUUGAAGCUUGUCUGUAGGGGAAAGGAUGGUGCUUCAUGGUUACGGGUUCGGCAAAAUGGCCUUUUGAUCCAUUUUUAAAGGAGGUCAUUUUAUAUUUAAAGUGAGCUGUUAAGCACAUUCUUUUGUGUGUGCCAUAAUCAAGCGCUAUAUGAUUCUUGGAUCUAUGUACAAGUUUGGUAUGUUUUCUAGAUAACGGUGCACUUGGGAUAAAAUGAUUCACGCACAGAUUUACUGAAGCAUUGAGAUUUUAUCUUAUUGCUCUACUACACUUUUAAUAAAUAACAAUUGCAAGCAA